AUGAUUGAAGAGGAGAACAAUGAAGAGGUUCAAGAAGAUGCUGAUAACACCAAUGUCACUGAGAAUGUCAAUGACAUCAAAAAUUCUGAAGCUGAUGAUAGUCUAAGGGCAGAUGCUGGAACAGGUACAAAUGUUGUGGAUUUAGAUGAGUACUCUGACAAUGAUUUGGUUGCUUCUGUGAACCAUGGUGUAGCCGAAAGGCUUGUGACUAGGAGAAAAGGCAAAUCAGUGAUUCAUAAUUCUCCUAUGAAGAAAGCUGAUGUUAAAAGCCCUUCCAAAGAAUCUGUCAAGAAGAAGAGUACUUCUGCAAGACCUAUAAAGAGCAGAGCUGUGGCUAAAAAUGUUGGUGUUGGUCCCUCAAAAUCUUGGAGCAAGGUUGUUCCAAAGAAGAGGAAGGCAAGAGCUGUUGAAGAAUCCGAGUCUAAUGUUGAACUGAAUGUCCAUGACAUUCCAUUAAAGAAGAAGCCUACAACUAGCAAGAUUGCUGCUAGUGUACCUGAAGUUCCCAUUGACAAUGUAUCCUUCCACUUUGUUGCAAGUGCAAACAGGUGGAAAUUUGUGUAUCAAAAGAGACUGGCCCUUGAGAGGGAAUUGGCUCAAAAUGAUUGUGAUUUGAACCUCGUUGAAGAGUGUAAUGACAAAAGAUCUAAGGAAUUCAGAAAAGUGUAUGUAAGAGGAAAAUGUGUUAACUUAUCUUCCACUGUGAUAAAUAACCUCUUGGGAAGGUUUGAUGAAGCUCAACCUGAGCUUGAAGUCUCUGAUAACAAGAUAUGCCAAGUUAUCACUGCAAAUCAAGUUAGAAGUUGGCCUUUGAAAGGAAAAUUGUCUACCAGUAAACUAAGCAUGAAGUAUGAAAUGCUGCAUAAGAUUGGGGCAGCUAAUUGGGUGCCAACAAAUCACAAGUCUACUGUCUCAACUGUACUUGGAAGAUUUAUCUAUGUUGUUGGUACAAAAGCAAAGUUUGAUUAUGGUACCUACAUUUUUGAGCAGACCAUCAAGCAUGCUGGUAGCUACAGUGUAAAAGGACCUAUAGCAUUUCCUUCUCUCAUAUGUGACAUCAUCUUAAACCAACACCAUGGCAUCUUGGUUGAAACUGAUUCUAUUUCUAAAAGGGAAAGUGCUCUGUCUCUCCACUAUAAACCGUUUCAGGGAACGCAUGUUCCAGACAUUGUCAUGACAUCAGGUGAGACAUCCAAGAGUGGAUCAUCAGGCAGUAAGACUGAAGUCAUAGCUAUGUUGAAAGAGACUUGCAAAGAGCUGGAGGCAAGGAAGAUAUCUCUUAAGAAGAUGAUCAGCACUCUAGAGAAAGAUGGUAAUGAGGAUUUUGCAAGUGCUGCAGGGAUAGAAGCACGAGAUGAACAGGAAGAGGGAAGAGACUCUGAGGAAGAAGUUGAAGAAGGAAAUACCAGUCCAGCUGAUGGUUCAGAUGAAGAAGAUGAAGAAAGUGAUGCAGACAACUCUGAUGGGUCUGAAUUUGAAUACUAA